AUGUACCUCUACAAGAAUUUACAAUUCACAAUAUCUAUACUAACAACAACACCACCACAACAGGCCACUGUUCCCAACUUACGAGCAAUGAGACGAGAAAAAGUACCGCUUUGGGUUGCACUCAUAUUGAAAGCACAAGGCAAGUGCAAUAUAGUCCCUCCGAAAUGGCUAAAUGUCAAUUACCUCAAGGAAAAAUACGAUGACGAGAUAAGAAAACCAGCACAAUUCAGUGAUCUACCUUGGAACUGGCUUGAGCUUUCGAAAAUAUUACUCACGAAGGCACCUGAUGACUUACCCGAUGCUGUAUCUGAUCUACGCUCGAUAAUUCAAGAUUUACGAGAGAUUCGAUUGAUCAAGUCGCGCAAAGGUUUGAAAGAGUUGAAUGAGUCAAAUAUUGCCUUGAAUGGACUAUCAUUGAUGGAGAUUAAUGAAAUCCGCCCAUUCGUUCUUCCAGUAAUGAAUAAGUUGCGGCAGUUGCAUGAUACUACGGUCAAGCAUGAUUCGGGGACAAAUGAGGAGAACAUGGCGGAUGUUUCUGAUGAUGAGUGA